AUGAGCGCCCUGUCGCUGCCUCCAACUACAAACGCUUCGGCUAAGAAAGAUGAUGCAAAGGACAAGAAGAAGGUUUCGUGUGUCCACUGCCGUCGUAUCAAACGUAAGUGUGGCGGUGGCCAGCCAUGCAAGAAUUGCGUGAAGAAAAACGUUCCCUGUGAGUAUAGUCAGAUGGACCGUAGAACACAAAGAUACUCCAUCGGAUACAUCAAGAGCUUGGAAACCAACAACGAGGUAUAUGAAAGCACCCUUUCCAACUUGGUGCUGCUUCGUAAUGACCCUGACGAACUCAUAGCCAAAUUGGAGGCUUUGACUACAUCGUUUCCUCCCUCCGAGCGCUUAGGAGACAUUGCCUCCGAUUUGGACGAGGAAAUACGGCCUCCCAACUCUGAUGACGAAGGAACUGUCAGCCCGCUGCCCGCCGAGCCCUACCAGUACUUCGGUCCAGGUAGCAUCUACCACUACUCGCAGUUUCUGCGUCCAGACAAAGAACCCAUCAUAAAUACCAGAAAUUCACCUGAAAAUAGGACCAGCGCCGUCACAUUGCAAGACGACUGGGACUACGUGGCCGGCUUGGUACAUGGCUACUUCGAGCAGCAAACGCCCGAUUUGUUCAAAUACUUGUUUGACCGGGACCUCAUCUUAGCAGCUCUCGACGCCCACGACCUUUCCGGCCCAUACUUGGACGAACUGCUCAUCUACGCCAUUUGUUGUAACUGUGAAGCUCUCACCUAUGCCCAGGCGGAUGCAUACUGCUCCUUGGUGCUUGACCUGAUGUUCACAAACACUGCCAAGUCCUGCGUCGCCGUCUCGCAAUGCUACACAAUGCUUGCCGUUCAUACUCUUAGUAAGGGUCAGAUGCUGAAGGGCUGGCUUCUUGCCGGACUUGGUAUCCGUGCUGGACUUGAAGUCGGAUUCGAUAUUGAGAAAGAUGCCGAUCUGCCGCUGGCUACGAAUAGAUGUUUUAUGGCCACCGUUUUGAUCGACACAUAUAUUUGCAUGUCCCUCGGCCGUAAGCCCACAAUCCUGCCAAAUUUCCUUCCUGUCCUUCGCCUCCCCUCUGAGAACGACACUGACUACUACACUUUGAAGUAUUGUGUUGAGUUGGUGCAAAUGACCUCCCCUAUGCUUCAAGCAACAUACAAACCUGUUCUUUACGAUGAAGACCCACGAGUCAAUUACUUGCUCAAGUUCAACCGCUCUAAGGCUUUCAAUGUCAAGUUGUUGAAAUGGAAACUGUCUCUUGAGCCAUGCUGCACCUGGCAAUACUCCCUGAUGAAAGCGUCGACAGAUUUGGUUAACGAGAAUCACACGCUCAAGUAUUUCUACUACUAUUUGCUUUUGUUCUUGAACAAGCCUUUCUUGCAUGUUCCUAAGCAGCACCUGACUGUGUACAUUUUCGAAGAGAUUGCAAAGGAGAUGCUUUUGAUUGUAGUCCAAAAGCUACAGAAAUUGGGAGAGGCCGGCUUCGAAAUUCCAGAUGCUGGUGACGUGGCACACAUAUCCAACAUGUCACUGUACUCUGAACACGAUAUGUAUAAUGGCGCCAACAUGGACUUGUGUGUAUUAACGCUUUUGUGCCAUGUUCUUGUUACUCUUAUCACAACACAGCCAGAGGAAUAUUUGUACUUGGAACGCCAUUUCAAGAUCUUUGCAAGAUACUUGCAGUUGAAGUGUCCUCGUAAGUAUAAGGCUAACAAUAAUCCUAUCUCACGCUUGCAUGGAAUUCUAGCAUCUUUCAAAAAGGAGAUGAAACGCGAUGCUCUCUCUAAACUCGAGAACUCUUCAUCCAGCAGCCAGCUGCACUCGUCUCCCGCAACAUCCGAGGAAUACUCACACAAGCAGGGCGGUAGCCCAGGCCGAGACACGGACGGACAGAAACAGAGAUCAGACAAUAAUAGAGCUCCUAUGUUAACAAAGACUCACAAAGCAACAGCGCCUCCAGAAAUUCAGGAAAUGCAAUUUGUCAACACAGAGCCUACGAAUGAUCCACAACAAGGACAACCCUCUGUAGGAACAAAUAGACUGGCUUCAGGAUAUAUGGCCAAUCAAAGCAAUCAGUACGAUCCAUUGUCAUUGCACCAGCAGAUCAACAUGUUUAACAUGUAUCAGGAUCAAUUCUCUGGGCAAAUCAAUUCCAAUCUUGGACAACCAGCCGCUCAAGCUGCCGCUCAAACCGCUCUUGCAACAGGAGUUUUGAAUGUACAAGGUAAUGGACAGCAAGGUCUGCCUGUCCAGAUGGGCCAGAUGGGUGCCCUUCCUCAGAUGAAUCACCUCAUGAACCAACAAUUGAACCAAAUGAAUCAAGUGCCACAACAUUUCAAUCCCCACAUGAAUGGUAUCGGCCAAACUGGAGUCAACCAAGAAUGGAAUCCUGCCUCUCAUUUUGCGAUGGGACCAACUGGUGCCCAGCUCAACGCUGCCGACUCAGACCAAUUUGGAAUCGACUACAGAAUGCCAGCGGCUAUCGACGGCACCAACUUCACAUAUGGUCACAGUGUUCUUGACACUCCAUACCAUAAGAUGGUUGGAACGAUGUUCAGCAAUGGCGGCGACGAGUUUAUGUUGGAGAAAGAACGUGUGAACUGGGAUGGUUUGUUCACCACAUAA